UUGACAACAUGUGUUUUGUAUUGACACUCAAUGUGUGGUGGGGGUAGCUGGUGUGUUGUGUUCCUUUUUCUGUUCUGGACAGGGGGAUUUUAAAUCAUUGCAAACAUCUCAGGGCAUUGCAGUGAUUCCAGGACAUUUUUUCCAGGUGGUCGUUCUUUGGACCUAUGUAUGAGAGCUUCUGGACCAACAUAAAGAUCCCCUGUAUCGGGAAGGCUGAGCUGGCAGUACCUGGCUGGGACAGCAUGGAUUCUAUACUGAGCUACAGAAGAGGUAGCAGCGUUUAUGUUGGAGGCUGACACCAACAUAGUCAUUGAACAUCGGAAUACUAAGACUGGAGUCUCUAUAGAGACAUGAACUGCUGUCCUUGAUCGACAGUGCGUUAUGGUGUGAGCAGGACUAAGCAGCACUCCCACACAUCCCCUCCCACCUGGGCACCAAGCCAUGUCUCCUCUCUCUGCCCUGGGUGUUUUCUGUGGAUUGUUCCUUCCUAUGUGUCUCGGUGAAUACAACACUCACAGUUGUAUCCCACGGAAGAGUGUCCUCUACCAGGACAAUCUGAAACUGUUCCGAGAGGAAGGGAUUUGGAACUACUCCACUAUGUUGGUUCGAGAGGAUCUGGGCCUGCUGCUGCUCGGGGCUCGAGAGGCUGUCUAUGCCCUGGACAUCAAUGAUAUCUCCAUCAAGAAGUCUGGGGUGUAUUGGCGGGUCACUGAGGAGAAACAGAGGGAGUGCACAUACAAAGGGAAACACGCUGAAAUCGAAUGCCGUAACUACAUCCGGACCCUGCAUAAAGUGGAUGACAGCACAAUGUAUGUGUGCGGGACAAAUGCUUUCAGCCCCACCUGUGAUUACAUGACGUACUCUGAAGGACAGCUGAAACUAGAAGAAGCGCAGGAGGAGGGAAAAGGGAAAUGCCCCUUUGAUCCCUUCCAGAAAUACUCCUCCAUCAUGGUCGGGAAUGACCUCUACUCUGCUACCUCCAUCAACUUCCUGGGCUCUGAGCCUGUGUUUCUCCGCAGCUCCUCCUCUGCGCUUCGCACUGAGUUCAAGAGCUCCUGGCUCAACGAGCCCAACUUUGUAUACAUGGACCUUGUCCCCGAGAGCAAUAACAACCCAGAGGGGGAUGAUGAUAAGGUCUACCUGUUCUUCAGCGAGAACGCCAUGGAGUAUGACUUCUACAACAAGCUCACCGUGUCAAGAGUUGCUCGUGUCUGCAAGGGGGAUAUAGGUGGGCAGCGGACGCUCCAGAGGAAGUGGACGUCGUUCCUGAAGGCUCGUCUGGACUGCUCUCUGCCAGAGCCCAGCCUGCCAUCUAUUGUACAGGAUGUCUUCCUGCUCAAAAACGAUGACUGGCGCAGAAGUGUUUUCUACGCAGUGUUCACUCCCCAGUCGAGCUCGUCCGACAUGUCUGCAGUGUGUGCGUACAGUGUGUCGGCCAUCGGAGACGUGUUUGAUAAGGGGAAGUUUAAGACGCCAGUGACUGUGGAGACUUCCCAUGUGAAGUGGGUCAUGUACAGUGGAGAGGUGCCCACCCCAAGACCUGGAGCUUGCAUUAACAACGCAGCACGGGCCCUUGGGAUGGAGCACUCCCUGGACCUCCCAGACAAGACCCUGCAGUUCAUCAGGGACCGACCCCUCAUGGACGAUGCCGUGCACCCGCUGACCGGCCGUCCGCUGUUGGUCAAAAGGGGAGACCUGUUCACACGCCUGGUGGUGGACAGCGUGCUAGCUCUGGACGGGGAGAGAUACGCAGUCAUGUUCAUCGGCACGGAGAACGGCUAUGUGCAGAAGGCAGUGAACUACGCUGGAGAGAUGUUCAUCAUUGAAGAAAUACAACUGUACCAGACCCCAGAGGCUAUCAGGACCCUGCGUCUCUCCAGCACGGGUCAGCUGUAUGCAGGCUCUGAGUAUGGAGCUGUGCAGAUGCCUCUGAGUGAAUGUGGCCGUUAUGAGUCGUGUCUGGACUGUGUCUUAGCCAGAGACCCUUACUGUGGCUGGGACCUCUCCACUGGCCUCUGCUCUGCUGUGGCCAGCUCACCCUUUGCCUCAGUCCCCACGAACAUGAUUCAAAGUCUAAAAGAUGGUGACAUCUCACAAUGUCCAAAAUCAGAGACAAUGAAGCCAGAGAACUACACCUUAGUUCCUGGCAACAACAUCAAGCUGCCGUGCCAGCCUGACUCCAACCUGGCACAGGUACAGUGGCUCUUCUCAGGGCAACUGCUGCUCUCUGAUACCAAGUACUACAUCUACAAUGGGGGUAUCAUCAUUCUCAAUGCCUCUGCCGCCGACACCGGCCAGUACACCUGUGAGUCUGUUGAGCAGGUGAACAGCCGACCGUACACCAGGACUAUGGCAGUCUAUCAACUGUUGCCCCACACUAACCUAGAGGAGGAGAGUGAGACGAUGACAGAGUCCCCCCAUAGUCACAGUACCCCAUUACCAGAGCUCCUGGAGGUAACAGAGAAGCCAAAGGCUUUGGAUCCCCUUCUCCCCCCUGAGUCACAGUGUGAAGACGGCAGGGUGGUAGGCCUGCAGGUGGUGGUGGCGCUCCUCUCUCUGAUGCUGGUUGGUCUAGUAGCCUGGAAUCUAUAUAAAGGAUGCUUUAGAAACAGAUUCUCAGAGAACUCAGGCGCUGGCCAGGUGAAAAGGCCGUCGGAUGACUACAUGCAAAUUCAAAACAAUGUAACUUCAGAGUUCAAGCUGCUGGGACCUACACCAAGUCACAGUGCUAACAAUAAUGAAAAUGCUAUCAUAGCCUUCAAAGGGAAUGGGGAACACCACUUCUCUCCUGGAAGCAAUAUUUCCACUGUGGAUGGUUUGGGGUACAUUGAUGAUGAGUCAGAGAUCUGACCCUCAGUGUUCACCACUUUGGGGUUUGCGCUCUCUCACCAGGCAGCUGAUUUAAGACACUAGCGCAAUGUCAAGCUCUGUACACUGGACUUGUUUUGGAAUUGUCCUUAACAUUUUCCCACCACUACAUCUCCCUAGAUUGAAUUUAUUUUGUUUAGUCAUUGCAUAAGGCGAAUAUUGUAUAUCCCUUUGUUAAAUAUUAUUUUGUAUUGUCAUGUAUAUUACAAAUAUUUAUUUGUAUUAAUGUAAGAUAUGUAAUUACUUCAUAACUAGGAUGUGGUAUCUAAAGUAAAUAAGACCAUAAUACUAAUAUUUGUGUUGUACAUAGUUAAGAUCUACAAAUAUUCUAAGCAUUUCAUUCUACGGACCAGUAAUGAUUACUCCAAACCUUUUUAAGUAGAUCAAAACAGCCAUGGACCAAAUACAAAUAAUUGAACACUCUUGACUUCGGUCUUGUUUAAAAUGUCUCUCAGAACCAACUGAAUUAAAGCAACAUGUUUUCUCUUUUUCACCAGCAGCACUUUGUCAUUACACUGUGUUGCUUCACAUUUCAUGUAAAAUAAGUAAUUUAGAGAUCAAUGUUUUGAGUUAAAGGCAGCUAUCAUUAUCGUAACUCUUAGUUCUAGAUUAAACUCAAUCAACAGUU